GGCAAGGCCUCCGCGUGACGUCAGGACGCCGCGGUCAGGACGUCGAAGCCCAAAGAAGACAGACGCUAGCAGGUUUGUGAGCAGUCCCGCGGCUGUGCUGCUAUCGCCUUGGGUCGCUGCUGCCGAGUUCCGCAGGUGAACGGCCGAGACAGUGAAAAAGCAGUCUGGCUCCCGAAGUCCACCCCUUACACCCCAGGGUCCAGAUGGCGGCCAACGUGGGUGAUCAACGUAACACGGACUGGUCCUCUCAGUACAGCAUGGUGGCUGGGGCAGGCAGAGAGAACGGCAUGGAGACACCCAUGCACGAGAACCCCGAGUGGGAGAAGGCCCGCCAGGCCCUGGCCAGCAUCAGCAAGGCGGGUGCUGCUGGCAGCUCUGCCAAGGCUAGCACCAAUGGUCCUGUGGCCAGCGCACAGUAUGUGUCCCAGGCGGAAGCCGCGGCUCUACAGCAGCAGCAGUACUACCAGUGGUACCAGCAGUACAGCUACGCCUAUCCCUAUAGCUACUACUACCCCAUGGGCAUGUACCAGAGCUAUGGCUCCUCACAGUACGGGAUGGCUGGCUCCUACGGCUCCGCCACACCUCAGCAGCCCUCUGCCCCCCAGCACCAAGGGGCUCUGAACCAGCCCCCGGUCCCUGGCAUGGAUGACAGCAUGUCGUACCAGGCACCCCCCCAGCAGCUGCCCACGGCCCAGCCCCCUCAACCCUCCAACGCCCCACACGGGGCUCAUGCUCUGAACAGUGGCCCCCAGCCUGGGACGGCCCCAGCCACACAGCACAGCCAGGCAGGGCCCACCUCAGGCCAGGCCUACGGGCCACACGCCUACACUGAGCCCGCUAAGCCCAAGAAAAGCCAGCAGCUGUGGAACCGCAUGAAGCCUGCCCCUGGGACUGGUGGUCUCAAGUUUAACAUUCAGAAACGGCCCUUUGCUGUCACCAGCCAGAACUUCAGCUCUACCUCAGAGAGCCAACACAGCGGCUUUGGCCCCCAGCCGAAUCCUGAGAAGGCCCAGAACCACAGGGGGAGCCUGUCUGGGAAGCCUGACGACUGGCCACAGGAUAUGAAGGAGUAUGUGGAGCGCUGCUUCACAGCCUGUGAGUCGGAGGAAGACAAGGACCGGACGGAAAAGCUACUCAAGGAGGUGCUGCAGGCCCGGCUCCAAGACGGCUCGGCCUACACCAUUGACUGGAGCCGGGAGCCCUUGCCCGGGCUGACUCGGGACCCUGUGGCUGAUAGCCCUAAGAAGAAGCGGUGGGAGGCCCCCAGCAGCCUCCACCCUCCCAGGGGAGCAGGCACUGUGACCAGGGGUGGGGGCGCCCAGUCUCAGCGUGGAACACCAGGGGCUGGGGGAGCCGGCCGAGCGCGGGGCAGCAGCUUUGCCAAGUUUGGCAACCGCAAUGUUUUCAUGAAGGACCACAGUUCCUCCUCCAGCACUGACUCGCGCUCCCGUUCUUCCUCCCGGUCCCCUACCCGCCACUUCCGCCGCAGUGACUCGCACUCGGACUCUGACAGCUCCUACUCAGGGAAUGAGUGUCAGCCUGUGGGUCGCAGGAACCCGCCCCCCAAGGGCCGGGGGGGUCGAGGGGCCCACAUGGAUCGGGGCCGAGGCAGGGCACAGCGUGGGAAGAGGCAUGACUUAGCUCCCACCAAGCGUAACCGCAAGAGGAUGGUGGCGCUGGAAUGUGAGGAUCCAGAGCGCGAGCUAAAAAAGCAGAAACGGGCGGCCCGUUUCCAGCAUGGACAUUCCCGCCGCCUGCGCCUUGAGCCCCUGGUGCUUCAGGUGGGCGGCCUGGAGAGCUGCGGGGCCGACCCCGACUGGCAGGAGCUGCAGAUUGUGGGCACCUGCCCUGAUGUAACCAAGCACUACCUGCGACUCACCUGUGCCCCCGACCCGUCCACCGUACGGCCUGUGGCAGUUUUGAAGAAGUCACUGUGCAUGGUCAAGUCCCACUGGAAAGAGAAGCAGGACUAUGCCUUCGCCUGUGAGCAGAUGAAGUCCAUCCGGCAGGACCUGACGGUGCAAGGCGUGCGCACGGAGUUCACUGUGGAGGUAUAUGAGACGCACGCCCGCAUUGCACUGGAGAAGGGUGACCAUGAGGAGUUCAACCAGUGCCAGACGCAGCUCAAGUCGCUGUAUGCAGAGAACCUGGCAGGCAACGUGGGCGAGUUCACCGCCUAUCGGAUCCUCUACUACAUCUUCACCAAGAACUCAGGAGACAUCACCACGGAGCUGGCGUACCUGACACGGGAGCUGAAGACGGAUCCCUGCGUGGCCCAUGCCUUGGCGCUCAGGGCAGCCUGGGCUCUGGGCAACUACCACCGCUUCUUCCGGCUGUAUUGCCACGCACCCUGUAUGUCUGGCUACCUCGUAGACAAGUUUGCAGACCGAGAGCGCAAGGCCGCACUCAAAGCCAUGAUCAAAACGUAUGUGCCGCUGGGCUCUCCCGCCUUCUCCUCUGCUCACUCUUGCUGGCCUGUGGGCCUCAGGCUCCCGUUCCCAAUCUCUCCUCUUUUCUUCCCACUCACAGCACCUUCUACUUUUCCUUCCCUUUGCAGACCCCCUCGUCUUGGUCCUUCUCUGUCUCUGUCUUCUAUCUUCUCUGUCUCACUGCUCCGGGAUCCCUCUCCACCCCUGCUAUUCUCUUUCUUCUGCUCACGAUAACUGUGACCCUAGCUGGUCUGCAACUUAUUUCAGGCCCUAGGCUCCUCCCUGCGAGGUCUCUGUCCAAUCUUUGUAUCUCAGUUCUUGUCACUGGGCUCCUGCUCUAGAGAAAAAGUAGAAAAGAUGGCCCUGCUCUUGGUGGCUUCUGGUCUCAUGGGACAGCAUCCUGUCCCCACUUGAGUCCUCUGAGAGUGCAAAUGAGCUUAGGAAAACAGGCACGGUGCGGGGCAGGCUGGUCCUGGGCUGUUCUUAAGAAGGGCGUGUCCUCCCAGACCUGAAUUGUGCCCACAAUGUUAUGAGCACGAGGUCCUCAUGGCAGUGAGACUCCCCAUGGGGACGUAGAGCAGUUAGGAGACAUCUUUUGUUGUCACAAGUCAGGGGUGCUACUGGCCUCUCGUGGGUGGAGACCAGGGAUGCUGCUGACUAGCCUGCAGUGCGCCCCACAUCAGAACCCCUGGUCGGGUUGGUAGGUCCGCGGGGCCUUGAAUGCCAUAUCCAUUAGGUUGGGGGUCAUGGGGAUGGUUUGGAGCUGGGGAGGGAUGGUCAGCUUGAAGGUCAGGUACAUACUCUAGGAUCCGGUUCAGCUAAAGAAGAUUUAAGGGAAAGGCCAAGCCAGGGCAAGGGCCACUGAAACAGAAGGGGACCUGGGGUGGAAACAUGCAGGGCGAGGAAGCAUAGGACCUGGCUAUAGGCCAGGCAUUGGAAGGGGCAGUGGGCCUGGAGGACCCUGGCUGCCCCUCCGAAUCCACCCUGUGCAGCUGGACAGGCCCCUGAGGGUAGGUCCUGAGCCUUUGUGAGCUCAUGGUAUAGCUGAGCCACUGACUAUUUGGUGUUAGUGUAUGUGUGCUUGGCUUCUGGUGGGAACACAACAAUGUGCCUUGUGGGAGGGGCCCUGGCCUAUCACUGGCCUCAUGCUCUCAUGCCUUCUUACUUCGUAACUUGGUACUGCCUUUCUCUGGGUGGCUAGGAGGCCAGCUCAGGUGUGGGGGCAGCAGGCUUUCCCAUGCCCCUACCCAUGGGGGCACUGACUUGGGGCAGGAUUACUUUAUGCCAUUUCCUAGGUGACACUGGUCAGGUGGCUCUCCUUUUAGACCCGCACUUUCUUUACUGUUUAUAAAGGGUAGGUGACAUGGCUCGCAGAUGAGAAUUCAGUAAGUCAGUGUGACAGCACUUGGAACAGCUUUUCCUGGCACAUGCCAAGUUCAUAGUCUAUAGUCUUUUCUUGACAACCAGAAAUUCCUGUUCUGAGUAUGUAGUAAGUGCUGGCUGACACCUGUGUCUGGGACGUACCGAGGCACUCUGGCCCAGUGUUGGGGUCCCUGAGGGUCGGGCCAGAGUAGCAAUAAGCUUUUCAGUCCCAUACCUGUCCCCAUGAGUCAUUCCCUCUGCCUGGCCCCUGCCCCUUGGCCAUUGCAGCCCUCUUCUGAGGGACUGCUCAAGCCCUCGAGCUGUGAAGGAGCCAACUGGGCCCUUCUCUCCUGUCCCUCUCCUUCCCUGUCCCUCUGCACAGGUAAGUGAGGGUGAGGGGGGCAUACCUGGGGGUGGGGCCAUGAGCCCCACCCCGGGCCCCCCCAAGCCCCAGAGGUGGGGAGGCUAGGGCGGGGGUGAGAGGUCAACAGGUAACGUGCUGAGGAAACCUUUUGGGUAUCCGAAGGGGGGGCCACCCACUCCCUGCUUGUGGGGCCCCCCCACCCACCACCCGCCUCAUCACAUUCUCCUCUUAUCUCCGUAGCUUCCGCCCUGCGCUGCCCAUCUCCUACCUGCAGGCCGAACUGGCUUUCGAGGGCGAGGCCGCCUGCCGGGCCUUCCUAGAGCCCCUGGGCCUGGCCUACACGGGCCCGGACAACGCCAGCAUCGACUGCCGCCUCAGCC